AUGAGCUGCUCUGACACAAACACAUCCCUCGGCGGCAGCUACUGCUCAACCACCCGCGGCAGCGGCUCCAGCACCAAUUUUGGCAACAGUAGCUCAUCUCAGGGCGUCGUCACGGUCUCUCCUGGUGUCGGAAGUGGUGGGAACACAACUGUGGGCGGCCUACAAGCUUCCAAUAUGUCCAGCUACUUCUCCUGCUGCGGCGCCCGCUCCUCUUCCUCCGGCUCUGGCUCCGGGACGGGUUCAACUUCCAACACCGGCUCCGGCUCAGGCUCCGGCUCUGGGACCGGUGGCAACACUGGCGGCACAACCGGUACUACCGGCGGUGGUUACGGCUCCGGGAGCUCGACAACCACGGUCCAGAAUCCUUCCCCGUCUACUACUGCGGUAUCUUCCGGCACGGACAGGUCAUAGAGUGUUAGUAGUGCGGGGGCUACUGGUGGGAGUUCGUAGAGGUGCACUAGUCCGCAGUGUCGAUGCCGAAGUUCUCAUGUUU